AGAUGUCAAGUCAAUUAACCAAACAUAACCUAUUUUCAAAACAAAAACAAUGGCUAAUCGAAAGAAGAGUACAACCUCGUCAGACACGAGUUCCGGAUCGACAUCGGACUCGUCCAGCUCGAGUUCCUCUUCGAGCGGUUCGGAUUCCUCCUCUUCGAGCGAUUCGGAUUCGUCGAGCUCCCAGGAGUCCAACAAGCGACAAUCCGAUUUAGACAACAACAAGAAAGCCCCGGCGCCAAAACAAGUCCGGAAAGCUUCCGACGUUAGCAAAUCCACGGACGCGAAGGCCCCGGCCAAAAGCAAACCGCAACCCGCCCAAAAAUCUAACAAACCGGCCGCCAAAGCAUUAUCCAGCGAAGACGACGAGGACGUUAAGAAGUCGAUCAAGCGGAAGAGCAACGUCAAACCCAAGAGCAGCGCCACGGCGGUACCCUCUCAAAAAACCCCCUCGAGAGCCUUGGCUAAAUCGGCCGCUAACUCAGCGAAGGCUAAUAAAAGAGACGUCAAGGCGGCUCCUGUUCGAGGCAAGGAGCCCCCCAAGAAAUCGAACACCAAAAACUCGGACGCCAACAAAAAGAAGAGCAUAUUCUCGCCCGAAAACAGCUCGGAAUCCGAUUCGAUCAAAGAAAAAAUCCACAAAGAAGUCUACUGCAAGGCCAAAGCCGAGCCCCGAGCGAAAGCUAGGAUUGUAGAAAAAGUAAAAGCCGAGAAAAUCGAACCUAAAAUCGUCCCUAAAAAAGAAAUCGUAUCAUCCGCUAGUUCGGCCUCGUCCGGAUCAGGUUCGAGCAGUAGUUCGGAUAGCGAAAGCAGUGCGGAAUCCUCCGAACAAGCCAAUAGGAAGACCACCAAGAAACCUGUGAAGAAACCUUCGGUGGUGCACAAAGAAGGGGCCAAUAGCGACUCGGAAAACGACUCCCACACGCCCGCCAAGGGCCAAGUAACCAUGAGAAAACUCACUAGAUCAGCCAACGCCAGAAAAUCCAAGCACGUCCUCGGCAAAAACGUCUACUCAGACACCGAUUCUGAUACAGAGAGCACGAAGAGAUCCCUAUCCAGGUCUCCGGCUAAGAAAAGCCACGCGGCCUCGGCCAAGGGUAAAACGAAGAAGCGCAACGAAGGCCGCAAGAAAACCAACGAAUCCCAAUUAGAGGAGGAGCGCUCGUGCCCGCUGGAGAACUGCGACAGCCGUGGCCACGUCAGCGGCAAGUACGACAAGCACUUCACGCUCGAGGCCUGCCCGGCCUACCACAAUCUCGCCAUCGACGAGUGCAAGCGGCUGCUCGAUGAACGCAAGAAGCGCGACGAGUUCAGACGCAAGGCGCUCGAGUUCCACAAGAAGACGCCCCGGCCGCACGUCACGCACGACCAGAAGCAGUACCUGGAGCGCGUGCGCGACUUCCGGGCGAAAUUCAAGGCCGAGCUGAUCGAGGACAUCAAGCCGAUCGGCAAUCGUACGACCGAGCCGGAUUUGAGCAACUUCGUGCCCGAGUACGAUCUGAAGCUGUUCCAGGACGCCCAAGCGCUAUCCAGCGAGACGAUCGAGAACGAUUUGAAGAACCUUCCUGGGACUAAAGGUACUAAAUACAUUGAAAUGGGGAAGUUCGAAAUGGAGGUGUGGUACCAGAGCCCCUAUCCGGACGACUACGCGCGCCUGCCGAAGCUGUACAUAUGCGAGUACUGUCUGCGAUACAUGAAGUCGCAGACCAUACUGCACCGGCACGUGGUGAAGUGCGUGUGGAGGCACCCGCCCGGCGAAGAGGUCUACCGCAAGGACAGGAUAUCGGUGUGGGAGGUGGACGGUAAGCGGUACAAGCAGUACUGCCAGAACCUCUGUCUGCUGGCCAAGUUCUUCCUCGAUCACAAGACUCUGUACUACGACGUCGAGCCGUUUUUGUUCUACGUGAUGACUUUGGUGGAUAACGAAGGGUGUCAUACCGUUGGAUAUUUUAGUAAGGAGAAAAAUUCGUUUUUGAACUACAACGUUUCGUGCAUUUUAACGUUACCGCCGUACCAACGACAAGGAUACGGUCGACUUUUAAUAGAUUUUAGCUACUUGCUGACCAGAGUGGAGGGCAAGAUAGGCUCGCCGGAGAAGCCGCUCAGCGACCUGGGGCUCAUCUCGUACCGGUCCUACUGGAAGGACGUCCUGCUGGGGUACCUGUGCUCGCGCGCCGGCACCACGCUCUCCGUGAAGGACAUCAGCCAGGAGAUGGCGAUCCACUCGUACGACAUCGUGUCGACGCUGCAGGCGCUCGGCAUGAUGAAGUACUGGAAGGGCAAGCACAUCAUCCUGAAGAAGCAGGACGUGCUCGACGAGUACGUGGAGAGGGUGAAGAAGCGCGGCUCCUUGCUCAAGGAGGUCGAUCCGGCUUGCUUGAAGUGGAACCCCACCCAACCGGCGACUGUUUGAAUUAUUGUUGUUUUAUAUGUUUUUUUUUUUUAUUUAUUUGCAAGAGAAUAUACCAGUUAUUUUAUUAGAA